CAAGAACUACUUGAUAUACUGGUUUGCCUUUCCGUCGGCGAGAGGAGGAAGUGGCCACUCAAGCCUUCGACACCAAUGGGUGUCAAAAUAACGUGCCGUUGCUAUAUUUGGAGAUUUUGACCUCACAAAGGAACGCUUGACAACAAGAUAUCGCGCUUUUGUUGGCUUGCAAGCAGCGAUGAGUAAAAAGCGAGGUCACCCGUGGUUGAUGCUGUGCGCCAUGGCCCUGCUGGUGGUGCUCAUGAUGGUUCUGUACGGUGCCAUGGGGCGCCAGCACCACACCACCGGCACCACUUUCAGGAACGACUACCAGCUGAUGGGGAGGCCGCUGUACAAACUGGACCUGGACUGGCCGAGAAACCCGGAGCUGUUCAACGGGCAGGUGUAUGGAGUGGCUGUUGACCAGUAUGCGCAAGUGGUUUAUGUGGCGCAGAGAGGUGAUAAUGUGCCCAAAGUUCUCGUGUUCAGCACAGAGGGGGAAUUCCUGAUGCACUGGAACACAACCACCUUAGAGAUGCCGCAUGGAAUAUUCUUAGCCGACGCUGCAUCGAAAAAACCAACGGUUUGGAUCACAGAUGUGGGUGAUGGUCCAUAUGGCCACACUGUCAAACAGUACUCACCAUCUGGGACACUUCUACAGGUUCUCGGUACUGCAGGAAAAGCCGGCUCGUCUUUGACACCUCUGCAGUUUGACCAGCCAGCUGAGAUCUUUGUCCAUGAGUCCGGUGAAAUGUACAUCGUGGACGGUGACGGUGGGAUGAACAACCGUCUUAUCAAACUGUCCAAAGACCAGGAGGUGAUCUGGAUGCAUGGGGAGAAAGGUUCAGGCCUGAAUCAGUUCUACAUCCCGCACAGUGUCACUGUGGAUACAGCACAGAGGGUAUGGGUGGCCGACCGUGGAAACAAGAGGAUUCAGGUUUUCAACUCCAUCACUGGGGAAUGGUUGGGCACAUGGGGGAGCUGCUUCACCGAGGACGCCCCCUACUCUGUUCGCCUAACGCCAGACAAGAAGUACUUCAUCGUCGUCCAGCUCAACACCAAUCAGAUAUCGGUGCUGCACGCUCCCCCUGUAGGCUUGAUCGGACAGUGCAAGGUGGUCAGUGUGAUCCAGCUGGCCGAUGAGGUCAAGCCCCAUCUGGUGGACUUGGACCUGAAGACGGGGGCCCUGUACGUGGCAGAGAUUGGAGCCCAGCAGGCUCAGAAGUUCAUCCCCUUCAGUCUGGGUGAAGGUUUGGGAAACUACAUGUGAGCACCAUCACAAAGGAGUAUGACUCAGCAGUGAGAGCAGCUUGGAAAUAGUGGGUGUAAUAUACAGCACGCAAGCUUGUGUGUCCGCCUGCCUUGGUUUGUUUUCCUGUUGAAUGAUUGACCAAAACCAGAAUACAAUAUAUGACAAUAGAAUGAAGGCAGUCUAAUCUAAUCUAAUGAUCUACAUUGUUGCAAUCUAUGAUGUAUGUAAAUUUAUACACCUGUCUUAAAUACAAUAGAAUCUGACAGCAAAAUGUUGUAACCUAUGUAACAUUGUUUUUUAUUUUUACUCUUUCUUGGUGCUUGUGUUUGCUUAUGUUGACCAAGCACACACACACAAAACUGAGGGUGUUCAUCUUCUGCAUGUUGCCAUCGCGUGAUGAAGUCACAAAGAGAUCAUGUGAUAAAUACAUUUAUGGAUCCACUUUGAUGAGUCUAAAAAUACGUCAAGUAAUGCUGGAGUUCUGGACUAUCCUGUGUGGGUAGUCACUCUUGGGAGACGAGCUUUGCAACAUUAGAGCGUCUAUCAUGUUUUGUUCUGUUGUUAAUGUGGUUUAGUUCAAUUCUAACCAUAAUUCUCUUGAAGCUGAAUUUAUUUAGGCCUAACCACAAUUAGGAACAGAGGAUGGGCUGCUCCUGAUACCCUUGCUGACCUUCAUAACAAGCGUCCUAGUUGACUGCUGUGCAGCUCAUCCACUAUUUUACCAGUCUUGCACUAAAAGGGAGAUGAUGGUUUCUCCUAUAAGAAAAAAAAAACAGCUCUUUGAAUAAAUAAAGGGAACAACGUUGUACAGUCUCGCAAUAAGCUACGCGUCAUACCACUGUUGUGGAACAUUUAUUUCCCUGCUCACCGAUACAUCAGCCUUGUGAGUUUGGUCUGUAGACUGCCGAGUCAGUCUAAUGGGGAUUUUCUCACUCCUUCGUUCAGUUAAACAAGAUCAUUUGAUCUCAAAAAAUGCAUGUCUCACCAUUUAGCCAUCUAUGAAUAUAAUUUAUCUUACACGUUUGUUCUUGUACUUUACUAGCUCUGUUGUAUUGGAGUGUAUCAGCCAUCGAACGAAAAAGUUAAAUGAACUUGCCGCUCUAGCAUAGAAGAAGCUCCGAUCUGCACUGCUGUGAUGUCAUCAGUCUGUGACAAAUGUGUUUAUUGUAAUCAACAGAUAUAUUUUUUAGAUUUUUUGACACUUUGACAUGAACCAUAUAUUGUAUGCAGAUCUAUGGUUUGAGUCGUUUUGUUGGUGGUGUAAAUGCUCUCCUCAAAUACAGCUUCCCUGCUUUCAGGGAGCAUUUUUAUGAUUGUAUCACAAAUAAUAAUCACUUUCAAAUGCACUUCUAAAAUUGUUUUGUUGUUUGUGAUCAGAUGUUAAAGAUGUAUCACAGAGUUUUGUAACACUUGUGGGAAAUUGUGACGGGUGUUGUGAGCCUGAUCAUUUGUGCUCAAUAAUGGUGCCAUAAUAAAGAU